AUGUUUCAGAAGUUUAAAAACUGGUUCUGGCUGGAGAAAUUCUGGCUUCCUCCGACAAUAAAGUGGUCAGAUCUUGAAGAUCAUGACGGGCUCGUCUUUGUUAAAGCUUCCCAUUUGUACAUGACGAUUCCAUAUGCCCUUCUCUUGAUGAUCGUCAGAUACUUCUUUGAAAAGUUCGUUGCCACACCUCUAGCAAAUGCGUUUGGCAUUCGAAAGGCAGUGCAUAAAAUUAAGCCAAAUGCCAUCUUAGAGAAUUUUUUCAAGCAUUCCACAAGUCAACCAUCACAUAAUGAUGUUUAUGGACUGGCAAAAAAGUGUAACUUGACAGAGCGCCAGGUUGAGAGAUGGUUUAGGAGUCGACGGAAUCAAGACAGGCCUUGCAGGAUGAAGAAAUUCCAGGAAUCUUGCUGGCGGUUUACAUUUUACUUAAUGAUAACUGUGGCUGGAGUUGUAUUUCUUUAUGAUAAACCUUGGGCAUAUGACCUCUGGGAGGUUUGGCGUGACUAUCCCAAGCAGCCUCUGCUGCCGUCCCAGUACUGGUACUACAUUUUGGAGAUGAGUUUUUAUUGGUCACUGCUGUUUAGCCUCGGCUCUGAUAUCAAGAGAAAGGAUUUCCUUGCUCAUGUCAUCCACCACCUGGCUGCCAUUAGUCUGAUGAGCUUCUCCUGGUGUGCUAAUUACAUCCGCAGUGGGACCCUCGUGAUGCUUGUGCACGAUGUGUCUGACAUUUGGCUGGAGUCUGCUAAGAUGUUCUCCUAUGCUGGAUGGAAGCAGACCUGCAAUGCCCUUUUCCUCAUCUUCUCCAUUGUCUUCUUCAUCAGCCGAUUCAUCAUCUUCCCAUUCUGGAUUUUGUACUGCACCCUGAUUCUACCUCUGCACUACCUCGAACCCUUCUUCUCAUACAUCUUCCUCAACCUCCAGCUCAUGAUCCUGCAGGGCCUUCACCUCUACUGGGGCUACUUCAUAAUGAAGAUGCUCAAUCGAUGCAUAUUCAUGAAGAGCAUUCAGGAUGUGAGAAGUGAUAAUGAAGAAGAAGAGGAGGAGGAGGAGGAGGAGGAGGAAAAUGAGGAGGACACCAACAGCAAAGGGAGGGAGUAUCUGAAGAAUGGCCUUGGGACCAACAGCCAUCUCAUUCCCAAUGGUCAGCACACCCGUUAGCUUGAAGCUCUGGAACUCCAUGGCAUAGUAUGCCGCCAGGACGUUGGAAGUCUGCUCUCCAGCCCACUGCUGUGGACACACAGUGACCUGUUUUCCCUUCUUAUUUUAUUUUACUUUAUUUUGUUUCAUUUUAGAUGAAGUUUCUUAUGUUGCCCAAGCUGGCCUCCAACUCAGUCAUCCUGCCUUGUGAUAAAAUGUUCAAAAGUGGAAUUCCCGUGGGUUUCAGAGCAGCUGGGCUCAGGCUGGCCGUGGAGUGCAGAGAUUUCUCCAGGCAGGUGUUCCCUCCUUACAGAAUCUGAGGCAGGGUUGACCUCUCAAGAACUCGUUUUGUCUGA